AUGGAUUUAAUCCAUCAACUUCCCGAUCGUUUGUUAUUCGCAAUACCAAAAAAAGGACGACUUCAUGAACAUUGUGUUUCAUUGCUCAAGGGGGCCGAUAUAAACUUUCAUCGUUAUAAUAGAUUAGAUAUCGCAUUAGUAAAAAAUUUACCUAUCGCACUUGUGUUUCUUCCGGCGCCCGACAUAGCAAAAUUCGUUGGAGAUGGAAAUGUUGAUUUAGGCAUAACAGGACAAGAUAUGGUGGAAGAAUGUCAAGUGACCGAUAAGGUUGAUCAAAUCAUGGAAUUAGGUUUCGGUUGUUGUAAAUUACAAGUACAAGUACCUAUAAAGAGUGGUAUAAAUCAUGUCGAAGAAUUGGUUGGUAAAACAAUUGUAACGAGCUUCGAUGUAUUAGCCGCCAAAUAUUUUGCUGAACUAGAUCAAGAGUAUUUAACCGAUGAAGAAAAGGCUGAUGGAAAAAAAACUAAAAUCGAAUACGUUAGUGGUAGCGUUGAAGCUGCUUGCGCGCUUGGAUUGGCCGAUGGUAUCAUCGAUUUAGUUGAAACGGGAGAAACAAUGAAAGUGGCGGGGUUAAAAGCCAUCUCGACAGUUCUCGAAACACAAGCCAUUUUGAUUCGAAAUAAAAAUCCUACCAACCCAUCUCUAGUCUCUAAAAUAACUUCUCGCAUCAAAGGUGUGAUAGCAGCAAAGAAGUACGUUUUGCUAAAUUAUAAUAUUUCAAGAGAUGAUCUUAAAGAGGCGACAAAAAUUACACCAGGUCGUCAGGCUCCCACGAUCAGUCCUUUGGAGAAUAGUAAUUGGGUUGAGGUACAAAGUAUGGUUGGAAAGGAUGACGCUGCUGAAGUUAUGGAUAAAUUGGAGGAGAUCGGCGCUAAAGAUAUAAUGUUAUUGAAAAUCGAUAAUUGUAGAGUUUGA